AGAUUGGGAGGCCAGACCUGAAAGCAUGGCUUCCUCUCCAAAGCUGGACCUCUCCAGGAAAAAUUCCUUCCAGGAAAGACUCAGCAGGGAUGACGUUGCUGCCUUCAAAUUGAGAAAGGCCUUGGGUUUGGAUGCCGAGUCAGAAAGGCAUCAGAUCAAUGAGGAGAAAUCUCCUCAGCAGACAAAAUGCAUCCAAAACAAACUUCCCCAUCAAGUACAAAGGCGUGAAUGUAAUAAAUAUGGCAAAAACUUCAGUCUAGGGCCAAUCAUUUUUCCACAACAGAGUAUAAGUAUAGGAAGCAGUCUACAUCAGUGUGAUAUGGAUCAGAAGAGCUUUAGCCUGUAUUCAGACAUCAGGAAUUACAACCAAAUCUGUGUUAAACAAGUCUUUGCUAAGUAUAAUGAAUUUCAGGAUUCCUUUAGUUACAAUUCAGACCUUACUGAGAAUUGUGUGAUACGUUCUGCAGGGAAACCUCACGAACUUAAUGAAUGUAGCACCUUGUUCCUGCGCUCACAGCUUACACCACUUCAAAGAAUCCAUACUGGAUGGGAACCUUAUGAAUCUAAUGAAUGUGGGAAGGCCUUCAGCCAGAGCUCAGGGCUUAUUGAGCAUCAGUCAGUUCAGACUGGAGGGCAGCCUUUUGAAGUUAAUGAGUACGAAAAGAUCCUGUUGCCAAGCACAAAUCAUGCCGAACAUCAGUUAGUUCAUGCUGGAGAGAUACCUUGCAAAUGUAAACAGUGUAGUAAAGCAUUUUUCCUGAACUCACAACUUAGUGUACAUCAGAGAACUCACCCUGGGGAAAAACGUUAUAAAUGUAAUGAAUGUGGGAAAGUCUUCCGCCAGAAAGCAAAACUUAAUAUACAUAUAAGAAUUCAUACUGGAGAGAAACCUUUUGAAUGUAAUGAAUGUGGAAAGGCCUUCCGUGAGAGCUCAGACCUUACUCUACAUCAGAGAAUUCACACUGGAGAGAAGCCUUAUAAGUGUAGUGAAUGUGGGAGGGCCUUCAGGCGGAGCAAAAACCUUACUCUCCACUGGAGAAUACACACUGGAGAGAGGCCUUUUGAAUGCAAUGAAUGUGGGAAAGCUUUCCGCCAGAGCUCAGACCUCUCUCAACAUCAAAGAAUUCAUACUGGAGAAAAACCUUAUGAAUGUAAGGAAUGUGGAAAUGUCUUCCGCCAGAGCUCACACCUUAUUCUACAUCAGAGAAUUCAUACUGGAGAGAAACCAUAUGAAUGUAAUGAGUGUGGGAAGGCAUUUCGCCUGGGCUCACAACGUAAUGUACAUCAGAGAAUUCAUACUGGAGAGAAACCAUAUGAAUGUAAUGAAUGUGGGAAGGCCUUUCGAAAGAGCUCAUACCUUACUCAACAUCAGAGAAUUCAUACUGGAGAAAAACCAUAUAAAUGUAAUGAAUGUGGGAAGUCUUUCAAUCGGCGUAGAAAUCUUACUUUCCACCAGAGAAUUCAUACUGGUGAGAAACCAUAUGAAUGUAAUGACUGUGGAAAGACCUUUAGCUCAAACAGAAACCUUACUCUCCAUCAGAAAAUUCAUACUGGGAAGACGACAUAAAAAUGUAAUGAUUGUGAAAAAUACCUCCGUAACAGGUCUUACUUUACUGAAGAUCAGAGAACUCAUAGUGGGGAACGACCUUAUCAGUGGAAAGAAGGUUGGAACAUCCUCCAGAGCACAAAGUUUACUAGACCUCAGUCAGUUCAUGCUGGAGUGAAACCAUAUAAAUCUCAUAGCUAGGAGAAGACAUUCCCUAGCUCACAAUUUAGUGUGCACCAGAGAAUUCAUAAUGGGAUUCCUUAUGAAUGAAAUGACUGGGAGGUUCUGCCAGAACUGCCCUCUCCUGGUCUGUAUUAGAAUUCAUGUCCCAGAAGAUCCUUAUGAAUGUUAAGACUUUCAGCUGAAGCAGAACCCUUAAUCCUCUUUAGGGAAUUCACACUGGAGAGCAACUAUAUGAAUGUACUCAAUCAGCAAGCAUUUAUUAAGAAUUUACAAUAUGCCAGAU